AUGCAACGCAGUGAUGAGGUACCAAAGCGCCAUCACUCGGAUGGGCUUUCCCAGUCAUCCGCCACAUCAAAUGGCGGGCCUACCUGUCGUGAGCGCUCCCAUACCGCGAUCCACUCAGGACCACUCUUCUCCACUCCUACCUCCAUCUGUUCCCUGCUUAAAAUGUUGGGAAUGUCAUUUGGGUCGUAUGGCUUCGUCUGUGAGAUCAGUUCUACUCUAGUGCCAGCCAGCAUUCUGGAUGCCCAUGUGGGGCAUAAUCACCAUAAACGUAGGCUCUCAAACAGAACAAAAGCGUACAGAAAGGGCCUAGUCAAACAUCUACUCGAUAGCCACGGACUCGUAGCAACAACACCCUGUCCUAACCCCACCGGCGACCUAUCUGGCCCCAUCCCGGGCCUUCAGCCACUAUGGGCAGCAAUCUGUCCGCACCCUGGCUGCGCUUCUUGGUCGUUGAUGCAGAUCUCGAGAGGUUCUCUCAAGUCUCAGCAAGCGAAUGCUAGACGUCACGUCUCCUCGGUUCAUCCUGAGCACGCAGCCACUUAUCUAGCUGAUGUUUUCGAAACUCGAUGGAUUUAUCGUCCAUUCCAAACAUCUCUGGACGCAAGAGACCCGCUGGUUUUGACUGUCUGGCCUUUUGCCGAAGGGUAUACUCCACCGCUUGCUGUAGAAGGCAUACAGAAAUUCUCUCUCUUGCAACCCUCCUCUCACUUUGCGCCAACAACUCAUCUCUCCACCCAAUAUCUGAUCGGCCUCCGGUGGCCCGCCUUCAUUGCUAGCUUGGGUGCACAAGCAGACUCCCUUCGUGAGCUGAUGAGGCUUAGGUCUAAGAAGGAAGCACGAUCCUUGACCGGAGUGGAAAGGCAACUUGAACUUGGCCUCAUCACCGUUCGAAAGCUUUACAGGUCAUAUCUAGUUGACAUCCAGGUUUAUCUAUCUUCCAAAGGGGAUGUGCAGUUCCGUCAAGCAGUAACGAUGAACACCAAGGCGCACUUCAGAUCAUUGAGACGAGCUUCCUACUACACCUACUCCAGACCUCUGUCUCGCUGUGUCUGUAUGCUGAUGAGAUGGAUCCACGCAGAGUACACAGGAAAUUUGGCAUCAUUCGGCACUCUUCACAUCAGACGGAGUCUGGCCCAGGAGUACGCCGCCAAUAUGCUCUACCACUACCUCAUUCAAACCAAGAUUCCCCGUCCUGCUGCGCUUCUCCAACUUCUGCAUCAACUGCUCGUGACCCUCGUCAAGCAGAAGUUUACGAACCUGCAAACGAUGGCAUGCCCGACAGACUACGCCCUGUGCAUGGGCUCACUGGCCGAUAAUGGCGGCUUUCUACUUGCUGCCGCUACCACCAAGACGUGUGCUGUGCUGCAGCACAACUUUUAUACCAUCAUCAUUCACUCUGCUCGGCUUGAGGACAACGCCCAUCAACGUUUCGUUCCCUUUAAUUUAGAUAAUUUCACCAGUGAUCCUGUACCGGAUACAGGUGAACCGUCUCAGCCCGUGGAGGAGCCAGCCCCUGCUUUGUAUGAGGAAGAGGGCGCCGACGAUAGUUUGGUUGUGCAAUUACAGGAAGUCGAGGAAGAUUUUGUAGAUGGUCAUGAUGAUGAUAUAGAUCCGGAAGAGGGAGAUCCUAUGCUAUCGUAUGAAGCCAAAGGCGAAUGGGACUUUGAAGAAGAAGAAACCUUUCACUCUUACUAUCUAAACGGCGACACUGCAGAGAACCUAGACACAUACUAUGACCCGCAAUCCUCUCUUCCAGCUCAAAGAUGCCCAGCAAGAAUUAUAUCCGGAAACGAUCGAGGUCUUGGAUCGUCGUCUGUCUUAAACAUUUUGGCGGAGAACCUAACCUACCUUCAACCUUUGCUCGCCAGUCAUCCCUCGUUUGCUACACCAUACAAUCAAAUUAAAACUGUCUGGUUUGCCGCAAGGCCAACAGCAUUCAAAGAGCAGAGAAACUACGGUUUUAUCUUUGCUGAAGACGGUACUGCCAUUACCAUGCGAGACGGUGAUGACAUCUCCCAGAGUAUCCUGUUUUCAGAUCUUGGGAGAUUGGCGAAGGCUGCGAUAUCAGAUGUAUCGGAGCAGAUAAUGAAAUGCUUACCAGAUGGUUGCCAGAGCCUUCUUCAACAGUUUUAUGGCAUUUUCAGCCAGUUAGUGGACGACCUCAGUAGUCCUGACGCUAUUUUCCUUCAGCCUUCCAACCGCAUUCUUCUACAGCCACUGUUGGACGUGAUGUUGCAACGUCUGGUGGAUCCAGAAGAACCCAAACACCAUAUCACGGGUUCUUCCUCUUCGAUCAAUGAGGAGUGCGCGAGACAGUGGCUGGAUUUCAAUGAACGAAUUCUUGGUCAAAUUAUCGUCGCCUUUCUCCUGACAUGCGGUAUUCCUCCUCGUCACUGGCAAUUUCGAUCCUUACUGUUCCAGUCGGAUAGCAGCACCGGUGGUGUUCGUAAUCUCUAUCUACUAGGUUCGGAGCUUGUUAUAGGGAAUCCGGAGGCAAAGCAAAUCAACCAAGUCACACGAGAGUGCAUGUGGGCAUUCCCUCCUAGCCUUGCCCCACUCAUCUCUUUCUAUCUGGCUAUAGUACGACCUUCUGUAAUUCGCAUCUCAGGUCUUAUUCAUCACGUCAACCAAGCUCAUAGGACGCACAUAUUUUCUCAUACAUUCACCGCGACUCGACUUGAAUACCCUCACGUUUGGAAUGGUAGUGAUGUUAAUGCUGCGCUGUGGGCACACACGUCCUCCCUCAACGUUCGGUUAACAUGCAGUCUUUUACGAAAUGCAGUCACAGCAAUGUACCAUCAGUUCUUUCCCGCUCUCUCGCAAUCUGAAUCCGUAGGCGUUCAACCGGUUCAAAAGGCAGGCAGCAAUCGCCGUCCACCUUCAGAUCAUGUUCCCCCAGCUUUAGGGAUGUCGUUCGAACAGGCUCGCAAAUACAUAUCCUCUAGCCAUGCCUUGCAGGCGUUGUAUGGGCUACGAUGUCCUGACAAUAACCUAGCAGACCGGAAUUCAGCCAUUCUGGGCAACCUGAAGCAUGCAAGCCUUGCUUUGAAGGAAGCGAGGCUUUGCGUCCGAGAAGAAUAUGACUUAUAUAAUGCCCACUUGCCUGCUAUGUCAGGGAAGGCAGCUAGCAUCUUAGAUGCUGCGCCAUACAUAUGUCUCAAAGAGGACAUGAUUGGUGAUGAGGUGCUUCGGCGCAUAUUACAUGUGGUUUUAUUUGGUGAUUCCAAACCGUCUGUUUUUGAUCGACCUCCUCCGGGAGGAUACCUGAUUACUGAUGUAUCACGCGCAGUGGUUCAGAUCAUACAAGCCAUUGAGGAGCAAGAGCACGGGUUCGAGUAUGAUUUGACUCGACAAACAGAUGUUGAUGCCAUCAUCCACUUCGAUGAAGUAGAGAAGAAAGCGCAACUAUUUCUAGCAACACUAAAAGAUGAGAAUCCUAAGUCGUGGACUCAGCUAUGCUCCGAAGUCCAUCAGCUCUAUCAGAAGGCACCAGGCGCAGAUGGAGAAAGGAGUUGGGUAGUGAGAGGCAUUCCUGGAUAA